GAUGGGUGGGGGGGGCGCAGAGUUAGUUGGAUGCGAUUUUGCUGCGGGGUUCAGUUGCAGAGGCUGGAAACUGGGGAGCGACUGAACUAUGUCGACCUCAAGAACUCCCGGAGUCCGUCACAUCAGAUUAAAGAUCGUCAGAAAACCCGCGUUCGCCUGUUUCCUUCUGUGGAUCGGUUGCUGGAUCAUUGCCAACACGUCCAUCUACAUCCACAGGAGCAUCUUCGCAGGUUAUUGCACUGAGGAGAAAAGCAAAAGGAUCUUUGCGAGGCUGUGUCAUGACUACAAGCAAGGAGUACUGACCGGAGAUGUGUGCGAUGAUUUGUGUGUGACACAAACAAUGGUUUAUAAGCAAUGCCUUUACUAUGAUAAAGGCAAAAAAGUCAUCCAGGCAGAUUGGAACAGCCAGCCAGUAAUUCUGAAGUCCAAACUAGAAAAUUUCUCUAGUUACGACAGAUUGUACCUGUUGGAUGAACGAGAAACCAGAAGCAUUCAAGACAUUGACAUUCUCCUCUUUACUGCACUGGAAGUCAAACGUGCCUUGGGGCUUGAGGUGAAGAACACCACAGUACCACAGCUAUGGGCCAAACAGCUGAAAGACAAAAGGGAUUCCUACUCCAGGGCAGAGCUGGCCAGCAUGUGGUCACUCCUACAGCAGGAGGAAUACGUGCUUUUCAGAUUGCUGCAGGACCUCAGUAAGCAUGUCCCCAGAGUGAUGGGCUCCUGUGGACAUUUUUAUGUAGUUGAAUACCUUACAGCUGGGCACGCUUGGCAUCACAGCCUUUUCUCUGUGGAAACACUAGUCAACCCUUCCUGGCGAGACAGCAGCAGAAAGGUGCUGUGGCGCACCAUUAAUGAAAUUGCACUGAGUUUUCUUGAACUAAUCAGACAUUUUGAGAAUGACUUUUCCCACCAUCUUCAUCUCUGUGACAUCAAGCCAGAAAACUUUGCCAUCAGGAGUGAUCUGACGGUUGUUGCAAUUGAUGUAGAUAUGGCCUUUUUUGAACCCAAAAUGCGUAACAUCCUCGAACAAAAUUGCACAGCAGAUGAAGACUGUAAUUUUUUUGACUGUUUCUCUAGGUGUAAUACAAAGACGAAUAAAUGUACAGCAGAGCGUUCAAAUAGUAACCUACAGGUUAUUUGUGAUAAAAUUUUCCGUCCCUUAUUUAUCUCAAAGCUGAGUGAACUUAGGAUGUAUCACCCACUGCAAUCUCAGCUGCGUAAUGCAGUGCUGAGGUGUUCUGAGUUGUCCAUCCAUGGCGUUACAGACAAGAAAACGAUGGAGGUUACAUUCUUGGAGCUGUAUGGUUUGCUCAAGGCCUGGCAGAGAUAAAUGUGACAUUAUACCAUAAAUUGACUAUUAAGCAGGCGAAAGAACUGACCUUUGGAAUUGAACCUUGAGCCCUUGUGCAUUGUGAUGGAGUGAACAUUGUUCUGGAGAAGGACACGAACAUCAGAAGCAACUCCAGGUUCUUUUGAGUCCAAACAAACAUCAAACCCAACUGAGGAUCUCAAGUGACCUGAAUUGACCCAUUUCAGGUUACAUUUUAAUGCAGGUGUUUGUAUAAAUAGGGUUGGAGAUUACCAUGAAUAGCUGAGACAUAUAUAUUUUACAACACACACUUCAGUCUUGAGGUCAAAGUGUAAACAGUUAAUACAUGACUUAUAGUAUUUUUCCUACAGAUUUUUUUUUAGAAAUUGAAGCAUUUUGAUUCACGUUGUUCAAAACAGCGAUAAUCUUUUACAAUAAAUAUAUUUCUUGAGG